AUGGCCUCAAUAACACGCACCACCACACCCUCCUCCCUCGCCGCCGCCGCCCGGCGCAUCUUCACCAACCAGACGACAUCCAUCACGCCCAGGAGGACAUUCACAUCCCACCCCGCCGCGCUCUACAAGCAGCAGACCCUCUCCCCGACGGAACCCCCCAUCCCCUCCCCGACAGCCCACCAGCCGCACAUCCCGCCUUACCCCCUCGGCGACCGGCCCGUCUACAAGCAGUCCAACGGGGGCCUCUACGGCAGCGCGCGGAUCCGCUUCGGCAACACCGUCUCGGAGCGCAACGAGAUCAAGAACCGCCGCGCCUGGCGGCCCAACGUGCAGCGCAAGCGCCUCUGGUCCGCGGCCCUGGCCGCCUGGGUCCGCACGCGCGCCACGACGCGCGUCCUGCGCACCGUCGACAAGGAGGGCGGGCUCGACGAGUACCUGCUCGGCGGCAAGGCCGCGCGGCUGCGCGAGCUGGGCCCCUGGGGCUGGAAGCUGCGGUGGCGGAUCAUGCAGACCGAGGCCGUGCGGCAGCGGUUCGCGGCCGAGCGGGCGGCGCUGGGCUUGCCGCCCAAGGUGCAAGAGGAGCUGGGCGUGCCGGCGGAGCUCGCGGCGGAGGGCGUCACGGGGGAGAGCCUUGUCGAGGAGACGCAGCGGAUGAUCGACGGGGAGGAGGAGUUUGACCUGGGCGGGGAGGAAGGGUUCAUGAAGGAGGAGCCGAGGAAGUGA